AAUUAAAAAAAAUAAAAAUAUAUACAUACACAACAUUGUAUCUAUAAUUCUCUAUAUAUAAUCGUGUGGUCUCUCCCUCUUCACUCUUCACAGCCUCUGUCUAUUAUUUAGGUCUUUUGUAACAAGGGUUUUGUGAAAAAUGGCAGAAGAGAGCAUUGUUAUCUCAGUUCCCAAAGACAUGCCUGUGAAAAGGCCUAGAGAUGGUGAAGAAGAGAUUGUGGUUUUACAAGAGGUCAAGACCAAUGAGAAAGAUGCAGAGUACAGUAUCUCCUCUGUUAUUCCUGGCUGGUUUUCUGAGAUUAGUCCAAUGUGGCCUGGCGAAGCACACUCAUUGAAGGUGGAGAAGGUCUUGUUUCAGGGAAAGUCUGACUACCAGAAUGUCAUGGUCUUUCAGUCUUCAACAUACGGAAAGGUUCUUGUAUUGGAUGGAGUAAUUCAACUUACAGAAAGGGAUGAAUGUGCUUAUCAAGAAAUGAUCACUCAUUUGCCCCUUUGCUCAAUUCCAAAUCCAAAGAAGGUUUUGGUUAUUGGAGGAGGGGAUGGCGGUGUCCUACGUGAGGUUGCACGUCAUUCUACUGUUGAGCAGAUAGAUAUAUGUGAGAUUGAUAAGAUGGUUGUUGAUGUUUCAAAACAAUACUUCCCUGAUGUAGCUGUUGGAUAUGAAGAUCCACGUGUAAAUCUCCAUAUUGGAGAUGGCGUUGCAUUUCUGAAGGCUGUUCCUGAAGGGACCUAUGAUGCGGUGAUAGUGGACUCUUCUGACCCUAUAGGUCCAGCACAAGAACUCUUUGAAAAGCCUUUCUUUGAGUCUGUAGCUAAGGCUCUUCGUCCUGGAGGAGUUGUGUGCACACAAGCUGAAAGUAUCUGGCUUCACAUGCACAUCAUAGAAGAUAUUGUGGCAAACUGUCGCCACAUAUUUAAAGGGUCGGUCAACUAUGCUUGGACUACGGUUCCUACAUACCCAAGCGGUGUUAUUGGUUUUAUGCUCUGUUCUACGGAGGGGACUCCAGUUGAUUUUAAGCACCCAGUGAACCCAAUAGACGAUAGCAAAUCAGACCGGCCUCUGAAAUUCUACAACUCAGAAAUUCACGAGGCUGCUUUCUGUUUGCCAUCUUUUGCUAAGAAAGUAAUCGAGGGAAUAGCUAAAUGAGAAAAAUAUCAGACUUUUGAAGAUGCAGGAGUUGAGAAAUCUUUAUAUGCCUGAUCAAUGAUAACAGUAUCAAGGUUCAAAACCUAAGCGUUAUUAGUAGUUUUGAUUAGAGUAUAAUACUGUUCCGGACAAUAUAAGGAUUAGUGUAUCAUCUUAUAUUUGAUGUUAUGGGAUAGUUUCGAUCCCUAUUGUUUUGUCAUUUGAACACAAUGUUAUAUUUUUGACAAGAUUAGUUAAAUCGAGAUUCAGUUUUAUGA